CGGGCUCGGCAGGACUCUCCGAGCAGCUGCGACCCCACGCGCCUCCCGGCCCAGCUGCCCCGCCGUCCGCGUGCCCUGACGGGAGAGGCCGGCCAUGCAGGAGCCGCUGCUGGGAGCUGAGGGCCCGGACUAUGACACUUUUUCCGAGAACCCGCCCCCGUCGCCGAGGGAGAGGACACGGGUCGGGGCCCCACAGAACAAGAGGGUGUUCCUGGCUACCUUCGCCGCUGUGCUGGGCAAUUUCAGCUUCGGGUAUGCCCUGGUCUACACAUCCCCCGUCAUCCCGGCCCUGGAGCGCUCCUCGGAUCCAGACCUGCAUCUGACCAAAACCCAGGCAUCCUGGUUCGGGUCCGUGUUCACCCUGGGUGCUGCGGCUGGGGGCCUCAGUGCCAUGGUCCUCAAUGACCUCUUGGGCCGGAAGCUCAGCAUCAUGUUCUCAGCUGUGCCCUCGGCAGCUGGCUACGCGCUCAUGGCGGGCGCCCGCGGCCUCUGGAUGCUGCUGCUGGGGAGGACGCUGACGGGCUUCGCCGGGGGCCUCACAGCUGCCUGCAUCCCGGUGUACGUGUCUGAGAUAGCUCCCCCAGGCGUUCGUGGGGCCCUGGGAGCCACGCCCCAGCUCAUGGCAGUGUUCGGAUCACUGUCCCUCUACGCCCUUGGCCUCCUGCUGCCAUGGCGCUGGCUGGCUGUGGCCGGGGAGGGGCCUGUGCUCAUCAUGAUCCUGCUACUCAGCUUCAUGCCCAACUCGCCUCGCUUCCUGCUCUCGCGGGGCAGGGACUCCGAGGCGACGCGGGCGCUGGCCUGGCUGCGUGGGGCCGACACCGACACCCGCUGGGAGUUCGAGCAGAUCCAGGACAACGUCCAGAGACAGAGCAGCCACAUGUCAUGGGCCGAGGCCCGGGACCCCCAUGUGUACCGACCCAUCCUCAUCGCCUUGCUGAUGCGCUUCCUGCAGCAGCUAACGGGCAUCACACCCAUCCUCGUCUACCUGCAGCCCAUCUUCGACAGCACUGCCGUCCUGCUGCCCCCCGAGGAGGACGCAGCCAUUGUGGGGGCCGUCAGGCUCUUGUCUGUGCUGAUCGCCGCGCUCACCAUGGACCUGGCGGGCCGCAAGGUUCUGCUCUUCGUCUCAGCAGCCAUCAUGUUUGCUGCCAACCUGACACUGGGGCUAUACGUCCACUUCAGUCCGAAGCCUCUGACCCCUAACAGCACCGUGGGCCUGGAGAGUGUGACCCUAGCGGGCACAGAGCAGCCCCUGGCCACACCCACCAGCUACAUCACCCUGGUGCCCCUGCUGGCCACGAUGCUCUUCAUCAUGGGCUACGCCAUGGGCUGGGGGCCCAUCACCUGGCUGCUCAUGUCGGAGAUCCUACCCCUGCGGGCCCGCGGCGUGGCCUCAGGGCUCUGCGUGCUCGUCAGCUGGCUCACGGCCUUUGCCCUCACCAAAUCCUUCCUGCUGGUGGUGAAUGCCUUCGGCCUCCAGGUGCCUUUCUUCUUCUUUGCUGCCAUCUGCUUGGUGAACCUGGUGUUCACCGGCUGCUGCGUGCCUGAGACCAAAGGCCGGUCGCUGGAGCAGAUUGAGUCCUUCUUCCGCACCGGGAGGAGGUCUUUCCUGCGCUAGGCCAAGGUCCCCUCCUGGGACGUGCUAAACCACUGGGCGGCGUAGCCUCUGUGUUGGCCACAGACCUGCACCCCACGUCCAGGAGGCACGAGCACCUGCCGUCAGCCAGAGCACAGGAGGACCAGCCAGAAGCGUGACAGCCCCCCGACCGUGUGUUCUGGCUCUGGACAGGCCACACCCGUCCAGCCUGGGCCUAGCUCAGGCAGCCUGCAGUGUCGUACACUCAUUGGCCAAGACCCGCUGAUGGAGGAGGCCACC